GACUGCUCAUGGUGUGCAUGAUGCAUGCAGGGCCUUGCUCCCAUGGGCAGGGUCUGGAGGAAAAAUUGUUUAUUAAGAGACGAAACCGCCAGCUUGGAUUGCGACAAGAGACAUCUGCCAUCUCACGAUUAAUCUCUAAUCCUCGAUUUCUUGCCAAUCACUUCCCUCUCAAGAUGGCCGUCUUCAGUUCUAUGCGAUGGACGCGCAAGGUCCUCGUUGUCUCUUUCAUGCUCUCCAUGGUGCCUUCGGGUCUAUCAUUGAACAUUCCCCGGACUGAAGAUUAUCUCCCCUACCGCGAUGCCUCGCUCAGCGUGGAAGAGCGUGUUCAGGAUCUGAUCUCGCGCAUGACGGUGGAGGAGAAGGCCGGUCAACUGUUCCAUACUCAGAUCCAAUUGGGAGUCAACGGCACCCUGGAUCUCGGAAAUGCAACCCUCUCGCGCAACAGCACAGUCAACAUGGUCACCGAAAAGCACAUGACGCACUUCAACCUCCUAGGCACCGUCGCCGACGUCAAGCAAAACGCAGAGUGGUACAACCGCGUCCAACAACUCGCUCUAGACACCCGUCUAGGUAUCCCCGUCACCCUCUCUUCAGAUCCCCGUCACACCUUCUCCGACAACCUGGGCGCCUCCAUCUCCUCUGGCACCAAAUUCUCCCAAUGGCCCGACUCCAUCGGCCUCGCCGCCAUCCGCGAUCCAGCCCUCGUAAAGCGCUUCGCCGAAGUGGCGCGCGACGAAUACAUUGCAAUCGGCAUCCGGUCCUCCCUGCACCCGCAAAUCGACCUCACCACCGAACCCCGCUGGGGCCGCCAGGCCACCACCAUGGGCGAGGACGCAAACCUCACCUCCACCCUCGUAGUGUCGUACCUCGACGGAUUCAUGGGCCCGGAAUUCGGAAACACGUCCAUCACUACAGUCACCAAGCACUUCCCCGGCAGCGGGCCCGUCGAAGACGGCCUCGACAGCCACUUCACCUACGGCAAAAACGCAACGUACCCAGGCAACAACUUCGAGUAUCACCUGCAGCCCUUCAAAGCCGCCAUCGCGGCCGGCGCCCGCCAAAUGAUGCCCUACUACUCCCGCCCCAUGGGCACGAAGUACGAUGAAGUCGCCUCGUCCUUCAACAAGGGCCUCAUCACCGACCUACUCCGCAACGAACUCGGCUUCAAGGGCAUUGUCGUCAGCGACUGGGGCCUCAUCACCGACGGCUACAUCGCGGGGCAAUACAUGCCGGCGCGGGCCUGGGGCGUGGAGAACUCGACGGAGCUCGAGCGCGCCGCGCGCAUCAUCGACGCGGGCGUCGACCAGUUCGGCGGCGAGCAGCGCGUCGAGCUCAUCAUCGAACUCGUCAAUUCCGGCGCCAUCCCCGAAUCCCGCAUCGACGAAUCCGUCGCGCGCCUCCUGACGGAGAAAUUCCUCCUAGGCCUCUUCGACAACCCCUUCGUCGACGUCGCAGCCGCCGCCGCAAUCGUAGGCAACGACGACUUCCGCCGCCUCGGCAACGAAGCCCAGCAGAAAUCCCUCACCCUGCUGUCAAACAACAACAACAUCCUCCCGCUCUCCCCCUCGUGCCUCGCCACCACCAAAUUCUACGUCGAGGGCUUCAACACCACGUUCCUGCAGCAAGAAAAAAAUAUGACGCUCGUGACGGACCCGCAGGAUGCUGAUCUCGCGCUGCUCCGCCUCAAGACGCACUACGACCCGCGCCCCGGCGGCUUCGAAGCAAACUACCACGACGGCUCCCUCGCGUACAACGCCACCGAGCAGGCCCGCCAGGCGGCCAUCUACAGCGCCGUCCCCACAAUCGUUGACAUCUACCUCGAGCGCCCCGCCGUCAUCCCGGAGAUCAUCGACCAGGCUGCCGCCGUGCUGGGCAACUACGGCGUCAGCGCCGAGAACUUGCUCAAGGUGCUGUUUGGCGAGGCCGAGCCGCUCGGCCAGCUGCCGUUCGAUAUGCCGAGCAGUAUGGAGGCUGUUGAGGCGAGUCGCGAGGAUGUGCCGUUUGAUACCAAGGAUCCUGUCUUCAGGUUUGGUCAUGGGCUGAGGUAUGCUGCUGCUGGUGCUGACGCGUAG